AUGGAUACGAAGUCUCCACCAUUCCCAACACUAUCAUUUGCCAACAAACCCAACAAACCUCUUGCUUCUAAACUCACCAAGGUUUUGAAUGGGUCAGUAGCCGACGAUGCACGCAUCAAGACUGCCCUGAUGGCUCUCUCGGACAUUCCUAAUGUAGACCAAGCUGACCUAAGAAGCAAUCUACGUGGAACAAUUGAAAAAAGGGAAAUCGAAACCAAUCGUCAAUUCUUAGAUGCAUUCAGCAGUGUGGUCAUGCAACUUGAACGCCUCGAGAUUGAAGCACAGGCCAUGACAAGUGUAUGCAAAGACAUGCAAUUAAAGUUAAACACCACACAAAAAAAAACAUCAUUGAUGAUGGAACAAGCGAGUACAUUAGAAGAACAGAGAUCAGCAUGUACCACUCGAUUAUUAAUUGUUGAUGGCUUCUUGGAAAAGUUCAUGCUAAGUGAAGAGGAGAUCAAGAUCCUUACAACAUCUUCGCCUGUCGGAAAUGCAUUUUUUGAAGCUUUGGCACACCUACAACAAAUUUACAGCGAUUGUAAGCUAUUAUUAACAACAAAACACCAACAAGCAGGACAACACAUUAUGGAAACUAUGGCUAUGUACCAAGAGACAGCAUAUGCCAAAUUAUAUAGAUGGACACAAUAUGAAAGUCGUUCAUCUUUUGGAAAUGAUAGUAUCGAUGUGAGCUCUUUGAUGGUCAAGGCACUUUCUGCGUUGCAGCAUCGACCAGUAUUACUUCAAACAAUCUUGGAUGAGCUUGCUGUGGCACGACGUGAUGCUGUGGCGCGUGCAUUUAUUAACGCAUUGACUCGCGGUGGCCCAGGAGGUACACCUCGCCCAAUUGAGUUACAGGCACACGAUUCGCAACGAUAUAUUGGAGAUAUGUUGGCGUGGAUUCAUCAGGCAUGUGCAAGCGAACGAGAAAUGCUGGAAAGUCUAUUCCAGCCUGUUACUACAUCCCGGAAUACAGACUCGCCUUCUCUCCUACUUUCAUCAAAAGAAGUAGUUGAAGACUUGUUGGAUUGUGCAAUGGAGGGUACCUGCAGACCACUCAAGUCCCGUAUGGAGCAAGUUUUGGUACUUCAGCCAAAUGCGCUAACUUCGUAUCGUGUAGCGAAUCUAAUCCACUUUUAUGCGGUGACAAUGAGUAAACUGGUCCAGCGACAAGCUAGUCUGGCAAAGACAUUAUAUGAAAUCACAGGUAUGGCUUACGCCCACUUUUUCAAGACUAUCCAAGCUCAAGCUGAUCGACUACUUCAAUCCCCAGAGGCUCCUUCAAGAGAUUUAUCGGUUCCUCCUUUGGUGAGAGAUAUGGCCACCCAAUUGAGGGAUAUCCUGGCUUCGUAUGAUUCUUCCCUUAUUGUCGCCACAAACAAUACAGGUGGAUUUCCAGAGUUUGAUUUUGGAGAAACACUGGAUGCGCUCGUAGAUCCGCUGUUACGCAUGUGUGAGAUGUCCGUGGAGAAUCUCAAUAGUGUCGAUCGUGCUAUUUACAUGGUCAAUUGCAUGUAUCAUUUGAACUCGAUUAUGCUUCCAUAUAGCUUUACCGAGAACAAGAGACAAAUCCUUGAUGCUCAAAUAAACGAGUUAUUAGAAAAACUAGCUCAAGAGCAGUACAAGGAAUUAUUGCAGCAAUCUGGCUUGGCUAGAAUUAGCGAUUCUGUUUCAAAAAAAGAGAAAAACAUACCUCUGUCAUCAAUGCCUUUGAUGGAUUCAAUUUCUCUUCAAGGUGGAUUUUCUCAAUUAGAUUCUUUCUUGGUUCGGAUCGGUUCAGAAGUAUCUCCACCUUUGCGUCGCCUUUCUGCGCUACAGCAUACACGACAAGUUCAAGAAAGUGCUAUUAGAUUACUAUUGGAAACUUAUCGUCGUAUCAGCUCAGCAAUUGAGGAUCCUGAAAAUGGAUACAGUAAUCCAGAAUCAAUAUUGCCAAGAACAGUAGAUGAAAUGGAAGCCAUCUUUUCAUUUGCAUUAUAAAAAAAGAAAUAAAUGUUUAUAUAUAUAUAUAUAAAGGUAUAGAUAUAAAGGUUUAAAAAGUAUUUUUAAUAAAAAUAAAUAACUAUACAAGUCAAUGUACGGAAAAUAAAAUAAAAGACUUGGAUCAAACAAUAGAAUAAGCAAUUAGGAACACAUGUGCGUUAUAUGGAUAUUUUAGUAGCAAGUUAACGGGGUCCGAUAAUACUAGACUUGGAUAUAGAAGAAGAGCCAAGAUCCUCAGACUCGUCAGGCGAGAGAGCAAUUGGUUGGUGCAAUGGAAGGCAUGGGGAUUGAGACUCUCCGUGCUGGUCUUUCCAUUUUGAGGGAAGGACCCUUAUGGCUUCAACAAAAUGUUCCCACCAUGCCUGGACACCAAGCCGCUGAACAGACAGCAAUACAGCAACAACUAAUCCAGUUACAAAUCCAAUACCAUCGUUUGAGAAUGCGACAAGUGCACCCAUGGUUGCGAGCAUAAUUGUCCAGUUUUCUGCUCUAAUCGUAUUAUUUUCGACACCACGAUUAAUAGCUUGGGCUGCAUGGGCAAGCUCUACACCAGAUACAAAGAGCAUUACGGCCAGCAAGGAAUUAGGGAAAUACUGCAGUAACCCUACCAGAGAGCUACCAAAUAUAAUACCCAGUAACAGUUUGCACAGACCAAGCAAA